CCAACCGUCACCGGCCGUUAUGAUCUUACUGUCCAUGCUUCAUAACACAUUCAUUCCAGAUUUGUAUUGUCAAAGUUCGAUCACCGAACUGAGCUUAUAUGUCAGCUUAUUCCUCUCGCAAAAUUACAAGCACCAAGCUCAAUUCGUGCUGUUAAGCCACCGAUGUCUAAUUCUGGGAGUUGUGCCCCUGUUGGGACUGGGAAUGACAGCCUAGCACAGCAACAACCAUCAUCUCUGCAGCGGUCGCCGAUAAUGAUCACUCGUGAUGACUUUUCCAGUAAUGAUAGUGGUUCUGACCAUGCCCGAAGCAUCAAAAGGGCUGGACAUGAAAGGAGAAUCCGUUGGGCACCAUUGAAUAUCGGCCUUGAAAGACGCUUACAGACGUUUGUGGUUCUCUGCCAUACCUUAACAAUUGCUAUCUUUUUGACGAUGUUUUUUUUCUCAUGUGCCAUCCCGCUCUCAUGGCCAGUCCUGAUACCCUAUCUGAUCUACAUCUCUCUCUUUUCGACAGCUGCAACAUCAGGCAGCCUGGGCGGUCGCUGCAAUUUUCUGCGCUCCCUCCGUGUCUGGAGAUUGUAUGCGUCUUACUUUCCAGCCCGCUUACAUAGAUCCGAACCUCUUCCACCAACGAGGAAAUAUAUCUUCGGAUAUCAUCCACAUGGAAUCAUAUCACACGGCGCCUUCGCAGCGUUUGCUACCGAGGCUCUUGGGUUCUCCGAGCUCUUUCCUGGAAUCACAAACACCUUACUGACACUUGACUCGAACUUCCGAAUUCCGUUCUACAGAGAGUACGCACUUGCUAUGGGCAUAGCCAGCGUCUCCCGCGAAUCAUGUGAAAAUAUCCUUACUAAAGGAGGAACUGAUGGUGAAGGAAUGGGUCGUGCCAUCACAAUUGUCAUCGGUGGUGCCCGUGAAUCACUGGAUGCUCUUCCCCACACUUUGCGCCUUGUGCUCAAGCGCAGAAAAGGAUUCAUCAAGUUGGCCAUACGUACAGGAGCUGAUCUUGUGCCAAUACUAGCAUUUGGUGAGAAUGACCUUUAUGAGCAAGUGCGCUCUGAAGACCACCCUAUCAUACAUAAGUUUCAGAUGCUUGUUAAACGUGCGAUGGGCUUCACAAUUCCCCUAUUUCAUGCACGUGGUAUCUUCAACUAUGAUGUUGGGUUGAUGCCGUAUCGACGGCCAUUGAAUAUUGUGGUUGGUCGCCCUAUCAGGGUAAAACAGCAAAAGGACAGGGAGAAGGUAGACGACAAAUACAUCGAUCUACUUCACACGAUGUAUGUGCAGGAAUUAGAAAGACUGUGGGAGCAGUGGAAAGAUUUCUAUGCUAAAGAUAGAGCAUCCGACAUUGAGAUUGUUGCAUAAGGUGUUAAGAUGAUAGUUCUGGCAGUGUGGUAAUAGCAGAGUGAAUAUAUAAAGAAAUAUUCAGGAUAUUUCAGCAAAGCCCAAUGUACUGGUGUUUUUCAUGAUGG